AUGUGGGGUGCAAUUCAGACAUCGCUUGCCGUCAUCAUCGUCAGUCUCAUGGCCUUCCCCCAGCUCUUCGCCGCCGCCAAGAAGACGCAGCCAACCUGGCCCCGACAACCACCCUUCUAUAAUGGGCUUGGAGAGCGAGUGGGAGGAGCGAGGCGGGAUAAAAUUAACGUGUAUGAUUUGACCUUGGUUACUACAACAGACGAGACCAAUCGCAGUUCCAGGGCGGAGAACAUCAUGGAAGAGGUUGAUGACCGGUCCGAGGAACAAGCGCAAGUAGGAGAAGCAAGCUCUGGACGUGUUGGUCUGGGAUCUGGACAUCGUUCGGACUAA